AUGGCUCAGACGGAGAAGAAGACACCGCUGGCAGGCUUGAAGAUUGAGACGUCUUUUCAAGAAAGACAUAGGUCCGGCUGGCUUGAUCGAGAUGGGAUUAGAGCGGCGACGCCGGAUAGAGAUGGUAUCGAGGGCGACCGUACCAACAUAUUCCACGAUUCUGGCGCUCGCGCUCGCGGUACUGAUCAGGACAGCAGUGUAUUGAGUGAACUUCAUUCGGCAACACCGCCCAUCUCCGUCCCUCGCCCUGAUGAGCCCUCGAGUACGGAGAUCCGUUUCCCACACAAACCUGAUGAUGUACAGGCGUCUCCACUCGAUAAUUUCCUUCAUAAUCGCCGUCCGUCUAUCAGCUUUAGCCCUAAUGUCACUCUCGACUCUGGUCGCCAACAUGCACUUGAAGAACCGUUGGCAAAGGGUGACAUAAGGAAUCGACCAUCGUACAGGUCUCAAGCGAAACCUUCUGGGUUAAGGAAUGCCCUAUCUCAUGACGAAAACGAUGGCUUUGAUAGUACCAAGAGCAUGGAUUGGGCUUCCGACCCGAAAAGGAUCGAAAGCCGCAGAGCCCUCCAUAACGGAAACUCUCGUCUCAUCUCGAGCCCGGAAGAUGACAUGUCCACGGGCUCUGAACUUGAUCGUCUCUCCUCUCUAACUUCGGCAUCUCCUGCAUCUCCCUUCAGUGACGAGUUGCGAACACCUCCCGAACCCAAAGGAUUCUGGCCUUUUUGUGUGGCUUCACCAAUACAACAAUUCCCACAGCUGGAUGAACGCAGUUCCUGGUCUGGGGCUUCUCUGACAACUUUCGGAAGUAAACCUCGAGGCUUCCCUCUGGAGCGAAAUAGUAGCUUUCGGAACGGCACGCGUCGGAGCUCACGCCGCUCUACAGCUUCGAGCGCUAAGUCUCCAGCUAGCGCAUUUCUUUCUAUGUGGAGUUCCCGCGAGGAACCUGCCCCUCAGCCGGACGAUGAGGGUCAAAUGGUUGGAACCGACUAUGUCCUAGGUAAACAGAUCGGCUUCGGGGGCUUUAGUACUGUGAAGGAGGCCUUUAAGGUGGAAACAGAUGGCUCCACGAAGCGGCUUGCGAUCAAAAUUGUGAAGAAGCACGUUUCCGGGAAGAACGAAAUCGAAAAUGACCAGGUCCAAGCGGAGUUCGAUCACGAAGUUCGAGUUUGGCGUUAUCUCAAUAACCCACACGUUUUGACCCUUGAUGCCGUAUAUGAAACGGACUACGCCACAUUCUGCUUUACGAAAUUAGCAAUCGGCGGCACUCUAUUCGAUUUGGUCCGCCAAAAUCGCCAUGGUCUGGAUAUAAAACUUGCGAAGAAGUAUACUUAUCAGCUAGCGUGCGCACUACGGUACCUACAUGAGGACGCCCGGGUAGUACACAGGGAUAUAAAGCUGGAAAACUGCCUCUUGGACCCGGUUGAGUGGCCGGAUGGUACGAAAACGUCGAAUCUGGUAUUAUGCGACUUCGGGAUGGCCGAAUGGAUGAGUACAGAUAACGGAACGAAUUCACCGGACCCGUACGAAGCUGCAGCGGACCGCCCUCCGCCCAAGAAUAUCGGCCCUUCCGACUCAAGCACCAGCAUUGCCGGGAGCUUGGAAUACGCCUCUCCUGAAUUACUGCUCUCUACCAACGGUGUUAUCAAUCCUGCCGUCGACAUAUGGGCAUUCGGUGUCGUGGUCUUCACUGUCGUCGUGGGCUCACGACCUUUCAGUGACGCGUUUAUGCCGCGAAUUCGCUCGAACAUCAUAAAUGGAUCUUGGAAUAGAGAAGCAGUGCAGGGCGAUAUUGACGAUCGGCAAACAUUCCAGAACCGAGCAGAUGCGCUUGAACUGAUCCAAGGCUGUCUUGAAUUAGACGUUGACAAACGUUGGACCAUCCGAGACGUUCUGGCUUCGCGAUGGUUCGGCGGUUAUCAGGAAACCAGCGACGAAAAUCUGACCGACACUACCUGGAGGUUGUGA